CCGGUGCCAUUUCAUGUCCUGUCCCGUCUUGAGCGGCCCUUGAGCCGCCGGGUGUCGGAGGAAAGUAUCAGGACUGAGCUAUGCGAGGGACCUCUUCUUGACAGCCCGCCCAGGAAGCCUGCCACCCCCGAGCAACCCCUGCCGAGUGCCGUUUCCGAUAGGGCCGAGCUCAUCGAGCGUCUUAAGAGGGGCGAGAGUCCCACGUGGGUACCAAACCACCACGUGCGUCUCGAGUCGUUAUACCUGCAAAACAGGACGUAUUCUCCCUCCCCUCCCAGCACCCCCCAACAGCAAACGCCUACCUCGCAGUCUCUGAGCUUGCUGCCUGCUCCCACCAUCACGCCCGAGAAGCCAGACUCAAAUACCAAGCCAGAGGGUACCCUCGAAGUCGACCUAGCCGACGAUGUGCUAAUGCAGGAUGGACUGGCCAUUGAGCGCCCGCGGUCCGCCCUUCACAGCGGAAACUUCACCCCGGAUGAGUCUUCUCUGUUUGGUCGCCGCCGUCACGAGGGAGGAUCGCGGGACGAAGAUGGCCACUUCGCUUCUGCUAGCACACCGUGGAUGUCCACCUCGCCACCCAGGGGUUUCAGUGCCUUUGACUUCACCAAGCUGUCAGCCGACUACAGGAGGGAUGCGUUUAGGACCUCGGGCCCUUCCUCGCUGUCUUCUUCCGUCUCGUCAAGCUUUGUCUACAAGCCACCGACGAGCCCACUUGUCCAGUCCGAAAGCAACGAAGACAUUGACUUGACAUUGCCCUUGGAUAGCAUCAGGAUUGCCGCAGCCACUGCUCGUAAUCCCCGGAGGCACACCCUCCACUUUGCCCAAUCCUCGACAUACGCUACUUCUACGAACCAUAAACAACCCCCUCAUCGCCGCGAGAGCACCUAUCCUUACCAAGCCCACCAACCCCGCCGCUCUCUGACGUCGACGCCCACCUUUUCGUUUGCUGGCUCGCUGCCUCAGACACCCGCCUUGUUCCGGCCAAGACGGCCAUCAUUUAGCUCCGAAGUAUCGCCAUUGCAGCACGCAUCAUUGGUAGGAUCCUACGAGGAGAGUAUUCUCAGGGGCCGCAUGUCCACAACCCCAUCCAAGCCAUUGGAGUUCACAGCGCAGAUUGGUGUCCUAGGCCUCGGAAAGUGCAAGCCAAGCCUCCGUUGCCCGUCUCAUGUGACGCUUCCUUUCUCGGCCGUUUUCUACAAUUAUGGAAGCACAUCCCACGGGAGGACCAAGACCGAGGAUGGCCCAAGUCCAUACGUCGGUCAGAUCGACUUGGAAAAUGGUCUCCCAAACCCCGAAGAAGCCCAGAGGAGCAAACGGAAACUGCAGAUGAGAUACGCAGCUGAGCUCAAAGUCCUAGACGACGAGUCAUAUAUGCAAGACGACCCGGCAGACCUGUCUGAAGGGGAUGCCCGCAAAAUGGCAAAACAAAAGAGGAGAGCAAGAUCACCAAAAGCCCCUCCCGGCGGUCGAUAUCGUAUCCCAGAGAAGGGGCAACUCCAGAUAAUCAUCAAGAACCAGAACAAGACCGCCGUCAAAUUGUACCUUGUCCCAUAUGAUUUGGCAGGCAUGGAGCCAGGGACGAAGACAUUUAUACGCCAACGGAGUUACUCUGCUGGUCCCACCAUCGACAACAUCCCAGACCGGAUGGAGAGCGAGACUCCAACCCGUCCGACUCUCCGGUACCUCGUACAUCUGCAUAUAUGCUGUCCAUCGAAGGGGCGUUUCUACCUUUACAAGGAUAUUCGAGUCGUUUUUGCCAAUAGAGUUCCAGACGACAAGGAAAAACUCCGCAACGAGAUAACGUACCCAGAGCCGCGAUUCACGCCGUACAAGCCGGCACGAUCUAUGCACCCACCUCUGGCCCCGAACCAGUUCCAUGGUCCUGGGGCUUUGCUGGCAGCAGAGCAGGCCUUUAGGAGACGCAGCUCUGGGUUCUCGUUUGCCCACUACCAGAGUUCUCAGUCCUAUGAUGGCUUGGACGGCAACAGUUUAAUGCCAGACUUACCAGCAAUGCCGACAAGCAUGGCAACUCAAGCGAGCUCGCCCGAAGCCACAGAUGUGAGUAUAGCUACGCCAGGCAAGCAAUCACUCGUUUCAUCUUCACCUUGGAUGUCACUCUCCCAGCCGGACACAAAAAUGACCGGCCUCGAAUCACCGGCCACGCCACAUUUCAGCGCCGCACGCUCUGCUAGCAGCGAUAUCGGCAACUAUGACAAGCUCACCAAAGGAGACGCUGGUUAUGGCGGCAACGCCUUUACACUAGGGUCAAAAAGCAGCGGCCCGGGAUCGACAGAAAGUCUCUUGUCCAAACGGUUGCGGUCAUUGGGG